UUAGAAGUGAGCGAUCUAAAGAUGACGAAUUUUGUUAAAGUUUUCGUGGUCCUCACUGCGAUUGUGAGUCUGACAUCCGCCAUAAAUCUAACAAAGGCCAUAGCGCAGAGAAAAGCGGUUUGCACAUUGCAGUCCUCGUAUGGUUCGUGCUCUGGCAGCAAAGUGAAAUGGCACUACGACUUCGUGCGGGAUAGUUGCAUAGAAUUCAUUUACAGCUCUUGUGGAGGCAAUGCGAAUCGCUUUGAUACUCGGAUAGCCUGCAUUCAAUACUGCAUGGAUCCUGUUAACCGAUACCGAAUGCAGGAUUUCGAAAACGAAUAUUUAAAAUUCCGAGAAAAUGACAAAUAAAAACAAAAUAAAAAGACGUAUAAAUUUUA